CCCAGCUCCGCUCCCGGCCAUGGCCCGGCACCGCGUACGGCGGAGCCGGCCCGGCCCCGCGGAGCGACUCCCGGAUGCCCCCCCUCCAGUGGUGCAACGGACCUUCGCAUCUCAGCCGAGCCGAUGGCUGCUCCCCAACCAGGAAAGGGCACUUCCCCGGAACCAUGCUCGCUUUUCGGCACCGCAGCCUGGAGCUCCUGAAUUCUUGAAAGCCUAUUUAACAGGAAUGAGCCUUGCUAAGCUGGGUGCUCCUGCAGUCUGGGGCUGAUUUAUACCAGUAAACCCUGCAUGAUGCCUCCCAUCACGUUCCAGGACCUGCCACUGAACAUCUACAUGGUCAUUUUCGGCACGGGCAUCUUUGUCUUCGUGCUCAGCCUCAUCUUCUGCUGCUACUUCAUCAGCAAACUGCGGCACCAGGCUCAGAGCGAGCGGUUCGGGUACAAGGAGGUGGUUUUGAAAGGCGAUGCCCGGAGGCUGAACGUGCACGGGCAGACCUGUGCCGUCUGUCUGGAAGAUUUUAAGGUGAAGGAGGAGCUGGGGGUGCUGCCGUGCCAGCACGCCUUCCACAGAAAGUGCCUGGUGAAGUGGCUGGAGGUUCGCUGCGUUUGUCCCAUGUGCAACAAGCCCAUGGCGGGUCCGGCACAGCCCCGCGCCGGCAUCGGCACCCUCCUGGAUGAGUUGGUGUGAGCAGCCCCGCUCCUCGCCGGCCAGAUCCCGCCGGGGUCGUCGUGGGACCGCGGCUCCCCCGGGGCUGCCCACGUACGGCAUCACCCGGCCCCGCACGUGCCGGGGGAAUCGAACAGUUCGUCUCGAAGGAUUCGGGAUUUCUGAGUUGGGAUUUUGUAACUCGCAGGUCGUUGCUUUGUUUGGGGAGGGGGGUUGGUUUGGUUUUUUUGGUUUUGUUUUGGGGGGUUUUUUUGUUUGUUUUUUUUUUUACGUCGCCCCGGUUGUGCUCCACGGGGACCGCGUGGAGCCGGGAACCGCCUGGGGUUGCCCGUGGCAAGCAGAGCCCCACGGCGCAGGGUGAGGGGUCUGCGUCCCCCCCCUCCCCUCCCCGCUGCACAGAGUAUUUUUGUACCUGAUUCCCACAGCCCCCCCCACCCCGGACUCUCAGGCUCCCCGCACACCCGCGGGGUGGGGGGGGGGUGUGUGUACAGUUUUGUGUAAAACAAUGAUUAAACGGACAAUUUCUCAGCCGGUCUGAGCUGUGAGCG